AUGGCAAGUGAGGAAGAGAGUUUGCUUGUCUUAGUGCAUUGCUCUGGGAAAAUCAAAAGAAGCAAAAAAUAUGGUGUGAAGUUCACUGACAGAGAACCAUUGAGUGUAUUCAUCAGUUCAUCAAGCACUUUGUCAGAUGUGAAGAACAGAAUUUUGCAGAAGCUUGGGGUAUUUGGGAGCAAGUGGGUGAAGAAGCUAUUCUACAAGAUUUCCAUCACAGUUAUCUUGACCGGUGUUAAGUAUGAUACGUUUAUGCUAGCGACUGAUGAAGAUAUUAGGGUUCUGUUUCAUUGUGUUAGGAGUUUUCCGGAGGUCAGAAUACACGAGCUGUAUGCAAAGUUGGAGCUUGGUGUCGAUAGUUCUGGGGCAUCAGCUCCAGUUCAUAGCUCGAUUGCCGCAGGCGGUGCGUCUAGUUUGAUGCAUGCGGCCGGACCAUCUGCAUUUGAGGCGGAUACCAAUGGUGGCAUAAUUCAUGAAGUUCAAGGCUUCGAGGAACCUGAUCGAGUAGAGAAUGCAAUGCGGGAUGAUGACUCUGACCAGGAGCCUGUAGAGAUCAUUGGGGACAGUGAUGAUGACAUAGGUGCCAAUCCACAUGCACAGCAUGGGCCUUCAAGUUCUGGCACACAGCAGUACCCUACGCACUUCUCCACUCUAAACUUGGAGGCUCUAGGUCAACAGAAUAAAGAUGAAGCUGUUUUGAGUGUGAAGGACUAUAGCAUCCGUCGAGGUGUUGAGUACAGAGUCUUGGAAUCGGAUCAUCUGAAGGCGGAUGCUGCGGUUACGAUAAAGGUCUUGCAACAAGCAACAGAAGCUGAUUAUGGGUUCAGGCCUAGUUACAGGAAGGUUUGGAUGGCAAAACAGAAGGCAGUAGCACAAAUAUAUGGAGAUUGA